AUGUCUACGGUGGAAGACCAUUCGUCGCUCCACAAGUUGCGGAAGGAGUCGGAGAUCCUUUCGAACGCAAACAAGAUCCUCGUGGCCAACAGGGGCGAGAUCCCCAUCAGAAUCUUCCGGUCGGCGCAUGAGUUGUCGAUGCACACGGUUGCCAUCUACUCGCACGAGGACCGGUUGUCGAUGCACCGGUUGAAGGCCGACGAGGCGUACCCGAUCGGCAGACAGGGCCAGUUCUCGCCCGUGCAGGCGUACUUGCAGAUCGACGAGAUCAUCAAGAUCGCGAGAGAACACGAGGUGUCCAUGAUCCACCCCGGGUACGGGUUUCUUUCCGAAAACUCGGAGUUCGCCAAGAAGGUGGAGGAGGCCGGCAUGAUCUGGGUCGGGCCGUCCGCAGGCGUCAUCGACUCUGUCGGAGACAAGGUGUCGGCCAGAACGUUGGCCGGAAAGGCCAACGUGCCCAUUGUGCCCGGCACCGACGGCCCCAUCGAGGACAUCGAGGAGGCCAAGGCGUUCGUGGCCCAGCACGGCUACCCGGUUAUCAUCAAGGCUGCCUUUGGUGGCGGAGGCCGAGGAAUGAGAGUCGUCCGGGAAGGCGACGACAUUGUCGACGCGUUCCAGAGGGCCUCGUCCGAGGCCAAGUCCGCCUUUGGCAACGGCACGUGUUUUAUCGAGCGGUUCUUGGACAAGCCUAAGCACAUUGAGGUCCAGUUGUUGGCCGACAACUACGGCAACACCAUCCAUUUGUUUGAAAGAGACUGUUCCGUCCAGAGAAGACACCAGAAGGUGGUGGAGAUCGCCCCAGCAAAGACGCUGCCUACCUCUGUCAGAGAUGCCAUCUUGAACGACGCCGUCAAGUUGGCCAAGAUCGCCAACUACAGAAACGCCGGUACCGCCGAGUUCUUGGUGGACAACCAAAACAGACACUACUUUAUCGAAAUCAACCCAAGAAUCCAAGUCGAGCAUACCAUCACUGAGGAAAUCACCGGUGUUGACAUCGUCGCCGCACAGAUCCAGAUUGCCGCAGGCGCCUCCUUGGAGCAAUUGGGUCUUCUUCAGGACAGAAUCUCCACCAGAGGUUUUGCCAUCCAGUGCAGAAUCACUACGGAAGAUCCUUCCAAAAACUUCCAGCCUGACACUGGUAAAAUUGAGGUCUACAGAUCUGCUGGUGGUAACGGUGUCAGAUUGGACGGUGGUAAUGGCUUUGCCGGUGCGGUCAUCUCCCCACAUUACGACUCCAUGUUAGUCAAGUGUUCCACUUCUGGAUCCAACUACGAGAUUGCCAGAAGAAAGAUGAUCCGUGCCUUGGUGGAAUUCAGAAUCAGAGGUGUAAAAACAAACAUUCCUUUCCUUUUGGCCCUCUUGACCCACCCUGUCUUCAUUUCCGGUGAUUGUUGGACCACCUUUAUUGACGACACUCCUUCUCUAUUCGAAAUGGUCUCUUCCAAAAACAGGGCCCAGAAACUGUUGGCAUACUUGGGUGACUUGUGUGUCAAUGGCUCCUCAAUCAAGGGCCAGAUUGGUUUCCCUAAGUUGACCAAGGAAGCCGAAGUGCCAACUCUACAUGAGCCUUCCAACCCAGAAAAGGUUAUUGACGUUUCUUCUCCAUCAACAAAGGGUUUGAGACCUUAUUUGCUGGAAUACGGUCCAGACGCCUUUGCCAAGAAGGUCCGUGAGUUUGACGGUUGUUUGAUCAUGGAUACCACUUGGAGAGAUGCCCAUCAAUCCCUAUUGGCCACCAGGGUCAGAACCGUCGAUCUUUUGAACAUUGCUCCAACUACCAGUCAUGCGCUCGAAAACGCCUUUGCUUUGGAAUGCUGGGGUGGUGCCACUUUCGACGUUGCAAUGAGAUUCCUAUAUGAAGACCCUUGGGAAAGAUUGAAGCAGAUGAGAAAAUUGGUUCCAAACAUUCCAUUCCAGAUGUUGCUCAGAGGUGCCAACGGUGUUGCUUAUUCAUCAUUACCCGACAAUGCCAUUGAUCACUUUGUCAAGCAAGCUAAGGAUAAUGGUGUCGAUAUAUUUAGGGUCUUUGAUGCUUUGAACGACUUGGAUCAGUUGAAGGUCGGAGUUGAUGCAGUCAAGAAGGCAGGUGGUGUCGUCGAGUCAACCGUCUGUUACUCUGGUGAUAUGCUGAUCCCUGGUAAGAAGUACAAUUUAGAAUACUAUCUCGAAACUGUUGGGAAAAUCGUUGAAAUGGGCACCCACUUCUUGGGUAUCAAGGAUAUGGCUGGUACGUUGAAGCCAAAGGCGGCCAAGCUGUUGAUCGGCUCCAUCAGAGCAAGAUAUCCGGAUUUGCCAAUUCAUGUGCAUACUCACGAUUCUGCCGGAACUGGUGUUUCAACCUAUGUUGCUUGUGCAUUGGCUGGCGCCGAUAUUGUCGACUGUGCCAUCAACUCCAUGUCUGGUUUGACUUCACAACCCUCUAUGAGUGCAUUCAUCAGCGCUCUCGAUGGUGACAUUGACACCGGUAUUGCUGAAUCCUAUGCAAGAGAGUUGGAUGCCUACUGGGCAGAAAUGAGAUUAUUGUACUCUUGUUUCGAAGCAGACUUGAAGGGACCUGAUCCAGAAGUUUACAAACACGAGAUUCCAGGUGGUCAAUUGACCAACUUGAUUUUCCAAGCCCAGCAAGUUGGUUUAGGAGAACAAUGGGAAGAAACCAAGAAGGCUUAUGAACAAGCCAACCUGCUGUUAGGUGAUAUUGUCAAGGUCACUCCAACCAGUAAGGUUGUUGGUGAUUUGGCACAAUUUAUGGUUUCUAACAAGUUGACUAGAGAAGAUGUUGAAAAGUUGGCAAGUGAAUUGGACUUCCCAGAUUCUGUCUUAGACUUCUUUGAAGGCUUGAUGGGUACCCCUUACGGUGGAUUCCCAGAACCUUUACGUACCAACAUCAUCAAAGGUAAAAGAAGAAAGUUGAAGGGCCGUCCAGGAUUAGAAUUGGAGCCUUUCAACUUGGAGGAAAUCAAGGAAGACUUGGUAUCUAGAUUUGGUACCAACAUCACUGAAGAUGACGUUGCAAGUUACAACAUGUAUCCAAAGGUUUUUGAACAGUACCGUAAGAUAGUUGAACAGUAUGGUGACUUGUCUGUCCUUCCAACAAAAUCAUUCUUGGCGCCCCCAACCAUUGGUGAAGAAAUUAAUGUUCAAAUCGAGAUGGGUAAGACUUUGAUUAUCAAGCUUUUGGCCAUCAGUGAUCUUUCUCCAGCAAAGGGUACCAGAGAAGUAUACUUUGAGCUUAACGGUGAAAUGCGUAAGGUCACCAUUGAGGACAAGAACGUUGCUGUCGAGACGGUCACGAGGGCCAAGGCAGAUGCACACAACCCUAACGAGGUUGGUGCCCCAAUGGCCGGUGUUGUCGUUGAAGUCAGAGUCAAGCACGGCGGUGAAGUGAAGAAGGGUGACCCAUUGGUGGUGUUAAGUGCCAUGAAGAUGGAGAUGGUGAUAAGUGCUCCGGUGAGCGGUAAGGUUGGUGAGGUCUUCGUCAAGGAAGGCGAUAGCGUUGACCAGGCCGAUUUGAUGGUCGCCAUUACCAAGGAGGAAGCAGCUGAGGCUUGA